AUGCCUGCCACCACGGCAGACACCCUCUCCCUCGUCCAGCGUACCGUCACGGUCGCGCCGUUAGUCCUGCUCUCCGUUGCCGACCACUACGGCCGGACCGCCAAGGGCACUCGGAAACGCGUGGUCGGCGUGCUGCUGGGCGAGAACUCGGGCCAGAAUGUCCGGGUAUCAAACAGCUUUGCAGUGCCGUUCGAGGAGGAUGAGAAGGACCCAUCGGUGUGGUUCUUGGACCACAACUUUGUUGAAUCGAUGAGGGACAUGUUCAAGAAGAUCAAUGCCCGUGAGAAGCUGGUCGGGUGGUACCAUUCCGGCCCCAAGCUCCGGGCUUCGGAUCUCGAGAUCAACGAGCUCUUCAAGAAAUACACUCCCAACCCUCUACUGGUCAUUGUUGAUGUGCAACCAAAGGAGGUCGGCGUGCCGACAGAUGCUUACUUUGCCGUGGACGAGAUCAAGGAUGAUGGCACAACAACCUCAAGGACCUUCGUGCACACCCCGUCCAUAAUCGAGGCCGAAGAAGCCGAGGAGAUUGGCGUGGAGCACCUGCUCCGAGACAUCAGAGACGUCGCCGUGGGGACGCUCUCCACCCGGAUCACAUCGCAGCUGCAGUCGUUGCAAGGGCUGCACCUGCGGCUCCGCGAUAUCGGCCAAUACCUCCAGAAAGUCCUCGAUCACGAACUCCCUGUCAACCACGCCAUUCUGGGUAACCUCCAGGAUGUCUUCAACCUCCUCCCCAACCUGUCCACGCCGCCCAUGACCCCACGGAUCAGCGGCCAGGAACCACAGAUCGAGAACAGCGAGCUCGCGCGGGCUAUGAGCGUCAAGACCAACGAUCAGCUGAUGGCCAUCUACAUCAGUAGUCUGAUCCGGGCCAUUACGGCCUUCCAUGACUUGAUCGAGAACAAGAUCCAGAACCGACAGCAACAGGAGGAGAGCGAUUCGAAGCGGGAGCAGGAGCUCAAUGCGGCGACCAAGGGAGAUAAGGAAGGCAAGAAGGCCAAUGGGUCGGCCGAUGGCGAGCAGAAGGAGGAGCAGGAUAGCUCAUCCGAGAAGAACAAGAAGAGCUAG